AUGUCGGCCGAACCAGAUCACGUUAAGUCUAAGGGGAAGGUCAACCUCAAUGACCCCUCCGGUGCUGAGGCCAAGGAUGAGUUGGACACAGCCACUGCUAUUCUCAAGAAGAAGAAGAAGCCAAACUCCCUGAUUGUGACCGAUGCCGUUAACGACGACAACUCGAUCAUCGCCCUUUCUAACAAUACCAUGGAAACCCUCCAGCUGUUCCGUGGUGACACAGUCCUGGUCAAGGGAAAGAAGCGGAAGGAUACCGUUCUUAUCGUCCUCGCGGACGACGACCUUGACGACGGCAGCGUUCGUAUUAACCGUGUUGUCCGACACAACCUCCGUGUGAAGCAUGGCGAUAUCGUCACCGUUCACCCAUGCCCAGACAUUAAAUAUGCCAAGCGCAUCGCCGUCCUUCCCAUCGCCGACACCGUCGAGGGCAUUACCGGCUCUCUGUUCGACGUCUUCCUUGCUCCAUACUUCCGUGAGGCUUACCGCCCGGUGCGACAAGGUGACUUGUUCACAGUGCGUGGUGGUAUGCGGCAAGUAGAGUUCAAGGUAGUGGAGGUCGACCCCCCGGAGUACGGUAUCGUUGCCCAGGACACAAUUGUUCACUGCGAAGGCGAACCCAUCCAACGUGAGGAUGAAGAGGGCAACCUCAACGAGGUCGGAUAUGAUGAUAUCGGUGGCUGCCGGAAACAAAUGGCACAGGUUCGAGAACUCGUCGAACUGCCUCUCCGACACCCUCAACUCUUCAAGUCGAUCGGUAUCAAGCCUCCACGUGGUAUUCUCAUGUACGGCCCUCCCGGUACCGGUAAGACCUUGAUGGCUCGUGCCGUGGCCAACGAGACCGGUGCCUUUUUCUUCCUCAUCAACGGUCCCGAGAUCAUGUCCAAGAUGGCCGGUGAGUCCGAGUCGAAUCUACGCAAGGCUUUCGAGGAAGCCGAGAAGAACUCUCCCGCUAUCAUCUUCAUUGAUGAGAUCGAUUCCAUUGCCCCCAAGCGUGACAAGACCAACGGAGAGGUUGAGCGUCGUGUCGUCUCUCAGCUUUUGACUUUGAUGGACGGAAUGAAAGCCCGCUCCAACAUCGUGGUCAUGGCUGCUACCAACCGACCCAACUCGAUCGACCCUGCCUUGCGCCGUUUCGGUCGUUUUGACCGUGAAGUCGACAUUGGUAUCCCCGACCCUACCGGCCGUCUGGAAAUUCUCCAGAUCCACACCAAGAACAUGAAGUUGGGCGAGGAUGUCGACCUCGAGGCGAUCGCCGCUGACACACACGGUUACGUUGGAUCUGAUAUUGCUUCGCUUUGCUCCGAGGCCGCCAUGCAGCAAAUCCGUGAGAAGAUGGAUCUGAUUGAUUUGGACGAAGAUACGAUCGACGCCGAGGUCCUUGACUCUCUUGGUGUUACCAUGGAGAACUUCCGCUUUGCAUUGGGUGUUUCCAACCCCUCUGCUCUCCGCGAGGUUGCUGUCGUGGAAGUGCCCAACGUUCGCUGGGAAGACAUUGGUGGUUUGGAAGAGGUCAAGAAGGAACUUAUCGAGAGCGUUCAAUACCCCGUGGAACACCCCGAAAAGUUCCUCAAGUUUGGCCUUUCUCCGUCCCGCGGUGUUCUGUUCUAUGGACCUCCUGGUACGGGUAAGACCAUGCUUGCCAAGGCUGUUGCCAACGAGUGUGCCGCAAACUUCAUUUCCGUCAAGGGCCCUGAGCUGUUGAGUAUGUGGUUCGGUGAAUCUGAGAGCAACAUUCGUGACAUCUUCGACAAGGCUCGUGCCGCUGCUCCUUGUGUUGUGUUCUUGGACGAACUUGAUUCCAUUGCCAAGGCCCGUGGAGGCUCUGUUGGUGAUGCCGGUGGUGCAUCUGACCGUGUUGUUAACCAACUUUUGACUGAAAUGGACGGAAUGACCUCCAAGAAGAAUGUCUUCGUCAUCGGAGCAACCAACCGACCUGAGCAACUUGACCCUGCUCUUUGCCGACCUGGUCGUCUGGACACUCUGGUCUACGUUCCUCUGCCCGACCAAGCUUCCCGAGAGGGUAUCCUCAAGGCGCAGCUCCGCAAGACUCCUGUUGCGCCCGACGUGGACAUUCCAUUCAUUGCCACCAAGACCCAUGGCUUCUCGGGUGCUGAUCUUGGAUUCGUCACCCAGCGUGCCGUUAAGCUGGCCAUCAAGCAGUCCAUUGGAAUUGACAUUGAGCGCCAGAAGGAACGCGAAGCGGCUGGUGAGGACAUUGAGAUGGACGAGGCCGACGUCGAAGACCCUGUGCCGGAACUCACCCGCGCGCACUUUGAAGAGGCCAUGGCAUCGGCACGUCGGUCUGUCAGUGACGUUGAGAUUCGCCGGUACGAGGCCUUUGCCCAGAGCAUGAAGAACUCUGGCGGCAGUGCUUUCUUCCGUUUCCCUUCUGCUGAGGAAGUCACUGGAGGUGACGGGCAGAACGGAUUUGGAGAGGCUGGCAACGAUGACAGUCUCUACGAUUAA